AUCACCUGACAUCAGGGCUGGAAAGGGGACAAAGGAUCACUUUGGCCAGCCCCUGAUUUGUCCCAGGGGGAAGCUCGGGCCCAGAAGGACAAAGCCUGUGCCCAGGUCAUGAGAAGCAUACGCAGCAGGAGUUAGCCCUGGACCCAGGCCAGACAGGCUUACACCGGACUCCCCGAGCCUCCAGAGACUUCCAGCUUUGCAGCAGAGCCCAGGCCUCCACCCCAUUGCUCUUCCCGUUUCCUCAUAAGCCCCCUCGAGCCUGCAUUAGGGAACUCAUCCUACCCUCUGACCUUCCUGCUGCAUACCGGCUGGAGAGUGGCUUUUUACCCUGCUCCCUCUGUCCCCUGCCUGUCCAGUUCUCCUGGUAUACUGGACCCCACUGAGCAGCUCCGCCCUUUACCCAUCUCCGGCAGGCCUGUACCACCCUAGUGCAUCCACCCCCACCUCCAGGGCGUUCCAGGCCAGACCUUGGCUGUUUCUCCCUUUGGCUGCUUUCCCAGCCCUCCAGUGUGUGUAUCUCCACCCCAGCCCACCCUUCUUUCAGUACGUUGGGCUUCUGCUGUGGACACAGCAGUCCCUCAAAAAAAUGUCAGCACCAACUCCCACAAGAGGCAGGCCUCAUUUGCAAGAUGAUCUGUGCGCUCUCCCCGCGGUUAAUUUCCAGGAGAAAGACCUCCAGCGUUCCCUUGGGCCCUUGCCCACCGCUGCCCCUCCAGCCCUGCUCCUCUACUCCUCCCAGAGCUUGGAGCAGCAGCCACUGGCCUGGGCCUGGAGGGUUGGGCCGGCCCAGCCGGGAGGAGGCUGGGCUCCGUUGGCCAGGCUCCUCCUCAGAGACUGGCCCCAGUGGGACCUACUUGAUCUCCCUCCCUUGCUUGCUUGCUCUGGACACACCCCAAGCUGGCUCGAGCCCCUCCACCCCACCCACUUCAUUCCCGCCACCAGAGGCUGAGGUCACUGGUUCACCUGGCCCGGGUGGGGCUGUCAUCAGCACCUGCCAGUUGGGGGAGGAGGUCUCCCUCAAUGCUUGGUUCUGGUCCACAGUCUUCCACACCAGGGACACCGACGUCACAGAGAAAAUGGACUACUUCUGUGCCUCCACUGUCAUCCUACACUCAGUCUAUCUGUGCUGUGUCAGGACCGUGGGGCUGCAGCGCCCGGCCGUGGCCAGUGCCUUCCGGGCCCUCCUUCUGCUAAUGCUGACGGCGCACGUCUCCUACCUGAGCCUCGUCCGCUUCGACUAUGGCUACAACCUGGCGGCCAAUGUGGCGAUCGGCCUGGUGAACGCGGCGUGGUGGCUGACCUGGUGCCUGCGGAAUCGGCAGCGGCUGCCCCACGUGCACAAGUGCAUCGUGGUGGUCCUGCUGCUGCAGGGGCUGUCCCUGCUCGAGCUGCUAGACUUCCCGCCUCUCUUCUGGGUCCUGGAUGCCCACGCCAUCUGGCACGUCAGCACCAUCCCUGUCCACGUCCUCUUCUUCAGGUGGGUGCUCCUCCCUGCCCGUCCUUGCCUGCCUCUUAGAGGCCUCUGUGCGCUGGUCACCCACUGCCCGCUCGCCUGCAACACCCCACCCUGCCCCCAGGGGACGCUCUCAGAGCUGUGCCUCAGUGGGCUCCUCCCUUGGCCCACAGCUUUCUGGAAGAUGACAGCCUCUACCUGCUGAAAGAAUCAGAGGCCAAGUUCAAACUGGACUGAAGGCCCUGG